GGCUUCACCGGCUCCGGGAGAUUCGAGCGGCGCGCGCCGGCACCAGUUGCGGCUGUAACCCCGCCACCUCCGGGGGCCUCUCGGCUUGUUUGCCCAACAAAGUCUUCUCUCCCCUAGCGCCCUCGCCGAGAGGCGCCUGGAUGUGCCCGUCACACCACCACACGCUGGCGGCCACCGGGGACCCCGGCCUCGCGGCGCGGAGAAUGAGCGCGCGGCGCCCGCAGCAAGGGGCUCCCCGCGGGCUUCCUGGCGGCGGCGUCGGGAAGCGGAGCUGCCUGCUGGGGCUGCGGGUGCUCGCGUGGCUCUGGGCGGCCUCGGGCGCCUCCGCCCAGGUGUUCAACCUCAGCCUGUCGGUGGACGAGGGGCUUCCGCCCGACACUCCGGUGGGCGACAUCCGCGCCGGGCUGCCGGCCGCGCAGCAGCUGGAGGGCGGCGGCUUCUUCCUGUCCGAGGACGCGGGCGACUCCCCGCUGCUGGACGACUUCCACGUGCACCCCGACACCGGCGUGAUCCGCACGGCGCGGCGCCUGGACCGCGAGCGGCGGGAGCGCUACAGCUUCGCGGCCGCCACGUUGCGGGGCGCCGUGGUGCAGGUGGACAUCCGCGUCAACGACGUCAACGACCACUCGCCCCGCUUCCCCCGCGAGUCGCUGCGGCUCGACGUGUCCGAGCUCAGCCCGCCCGGGACCGCCUUCCGCCUGCCGGGGGCGCAGGACCCCGACGCCGGGCUCUUCAGCACCCAGGGCUACACGCUGCUUCAGGCGCCGGAGGACGCCGCCGGGCCGCUGUUCAGGCUGCGCUACGGGAGCCCCGCGCCGUCGCCAUCGCCAUCGCCAUCGUCCGAGCCGGAGCCGCUGGAGCUGGUGCUGCUGCGGCGUCUGGACCGCGAGGCGGAGGCGGCGCACGAGCUGCACAUCGAGGCCUGGGACGGCGGGCGCCCGCCCCGCACCGGCCGCCUGCGCGUGCAGCUGCGCGUACUCGACGAGAACGACAACCCGCCGGUAUUCGAGCGCGCGGAGUACCGGGCGGCUGUGCGCGAGGACGCCCCUCCGGGCGCCGAGGUCUGCCGCGUGCGCGCCACCGACCGCGACCUGGGAGCCAACGGCCUCGUGCGCUAUGGCCUCCGCGUCCGCCCGCCGCCGGGGCCUGGGCGGGGCCGGGGUUCGGGACCCGGACUGGACGGCGGGGCUCCGGCCGCCCCUUUCUGGGUGGAGGAGCUGAGCGGCGUCGUGCGCGUGCAGGGGCCGCUGGACCGGGAGGCGCAGGCUUGGCACCAGCUGGUGGUGGAAGCCCGAGACGCGGGGGACCCACCCGAGGUGGCCACGGUUCGCGUGUCCGUCGCGGUGCUGGACGUGAACGACAACGCGCCCGCCAUCCACCUGCUCUUCCUCACCGAGGGGGGCGCUGCCCGUGUCUCGGAGGGCGCCCGGCCCGGGGACUACGUGGCCCGCGUCUCGGUGUCCGACGCCGAUGGCGACCCGGACUCGGGUGAAGAGGCGGCAGGCGGGGGCGGCCGCGUCUCGCUGGCGCUGGAGGGCGCGGACGGGGCCUUCGCGCUGCGCCCCGGCGGCUCCCCGGGCGUCUCCUUCCUCUGCGUGCAGGGCCCCCUGGACCGCGAAGCCCGCGAUCUGUACGCCCUGCGGCUGGUGGCCACCGACGCGGGGUCCCCGCCGCUCAGCGCCCAGGAGACGCUGCUGCUGCGGGUCGCUGACCUCAACGACCAGCCGCCCGUCUUCAGCCAACGCCACUACCGGGCUUCGGUGUCGGAGGCCGCGGCCCCGGGCAGCGCGGUGCUGCGGGUCAGCGCCUCCGACGCCGACGAGCCGGGCACGGCCCACUCGCGGCUGAGCUACGCGCUGCUCCACCUCCCGGCGCGCUGCCCCCCGGCCGGGUGCGCGCCCGCCUUCGCCAUCGACCCGGACAGCGGCGCCAUCAGCACCACCCGGGCCCUGGAUCGCGAGACCCAGGACGCCAUGGAGCUCAGGGUGGUGGCCCGGGACCUGGGGGAGCCCCCUCUGUCCGCCACCUGUCUGGUGAGCAUCUCCGUGGACGACGUGAAUGACAACGAGCCCCUCUUCCUGCGGCAGGUGUACAAUGCCAGCCUGGCCGAGCACACGCCUGUGGGACACUGCUUCCUGCAGGUAAAUGCCUCUGAUGCGGACUCUGGACUCUAUGGCUUCGUGGAAUAUUCUCUUUACGAUGGUUUCCAAAGCUCCAUGGCCCCACAGGCAUUCUACAUCAACCCGCAUGAUGGGUGGAUCUGUGUUUCUCGAGAUAUCGACAGGGAACAGGAUCCGGCCACCUACGACCUCUCGGUGAAAGCUAAAGAUGGGGGUGGGCUGAGUGCCCAGGCAUUUGUUCGUGUGGAAGUGGAGGAUGUGAAUGAUAACGAGCCCGUGUUUAACCCAGCCACCUACGUGACCAGCAUCAGUGGCCAGAGCCAGCCGGGCACAGAAGUCAUCAGCGUCCUGGCCACUGACAGGGACUCUGGGGUCUUUGGCGCCGUGACGUACGAGCUACUUCCUGGAGACCUGUCCUCCCUCUUUGACAUCGACUCCACUACAGGAAUCAUUUACUUGCUGUCAGCUCUUAGUCAUCUGGAAUCCACGACACUGGUGCUGAUGGUCCAAGCUCGAGAUGGAGGUGGGCGUGUAUCUGUCACCAGUGCCUACGUCACAGUUCAUAUCGUCCACACGACUCUGGCACCUGCUGAAUUUGAAAGGCCCAAGUACACCUUCUCGGUGUAUGAAGACGUGCCUGAAGACAGUCUCGUGGGGACGGUGAAAGCCAUGGAGGCCUUGAACUCUUCAGAGUCCCUGAUCUACAGCAUCUCCUCUGGCGACCCUCUCGGCCAGUUCUCCAUCCACCCCUGGCUGGGCGCCAUCCGCACCCGGAAGCCCCUGGAUCAUGACUCUCAGCCAACUGUGACUCUCACGGUGCAGGCACAACUCGGGGGCUCAGGGGCCUGCAGCAGUGCCGAGGUCAACAUCACGGUGCUGGAUGUCAAUGACAAUGCCCCGGUGUUCCCCAGAACCUGGGACGAGGUGCAUGUCCCCUGGGGCACCCGGCCGGGCACAGCCCUGUAUCGCGUGCGGGCUGAGGACCGGGACAGCGGGCACAAUGGCCGAAUCCACUACUCCCUCGCCAGCCCGCACCCCACCGCCUUCUCCGUGGACCCGGGACUCGGGGUGCUGUUUCUCACUGCCAGCCUGGGGCCCGAGGAGCCCCAGAAGCUCAUGCUCACACUCCGGGCCCAGGACCUCGGCCUUCCUCCCCGGGCAGCCCUGCUCCAGCUGACAGUGGUGCUGGAGCCCCAGGACCCCCGCCCAGCCCUGAUCUUUGAAGACCUGGAGUACCAGGUGGAGGUGAGCGAGGCCCUGCCCCUGGCCGCCCAGGUCCUGCGGGUCCAGGCUGGCUGGCUAGGGGUCCCACACGUGCACCUGAAGCCCCCCCGGUACUUUCUGGAGGCCAAUGCCGAUGCCGCCCUAUUCACCAUCCACCCUGACUCGGGGGCCAUCUCUCUGCGGAGGCAGCUCAACUAUGAAUCCAGGCAGGCCUAUCGCUUCAGGGCCUUCGCCGGCCACCCUGAGGAGGGCACCCUGUCCCCCACUGCCAGCACCUGGGUGUCCGUCCGUAUCCUGGAUGAGAACGACAACACCCCGGCCUUCUGGCAGGACGAGCUGUUCCUGCACCUGGAGGAGGGCCCCCUGCCCCGCGGGGUCAUCGCCACGGUUGCUGCGGGGGACAGAGACUCUGGGAGCAACGGGCGGCUGUCAUACUUCCUUCUGUCCGGUGGGAAGUCCUUCAGGAUGAACCCCACUACAGGUGAACUCAUCAGCUGGGUGGCCCUGGAUAGAGAGCAUCAGGGGCACCACCAGAUGACUGUCCUGGUGACCGACCAUGGCACCCCACCUCGAAACGCCACCAUGACGGUCUACAUCUCGGUAACUGACGUCAAUGACAACCGGCCCUCCUUCCCACAGUGUCCCCCUGGCCAGGAGUUACACAUUCAGGUCCUGGAAGGCCAACCAGCAAAUAUGUUGGUUACAACCAUCUUUGCGAAGGAUAUUGAUGAAGGGAACAAUGCCGAAGUCGUCUAUUCCCUCUCUUCAGGAGACAGCUGUGAUCACUUCAAGAUUGAUGCCAACAGUGGUGAAAUAAGAACCACCACCACCCUGGCCUCUGAGUCUAGACCUUCCUAUAGGAUGACUGUUCUCGCCAGUGACCAGGGCGUGCCUCCUCUCCAAAGCCAGGCCGUUGUUAAUAUCCAGGUGAUACCACUAUCCAGAGGCAGAGCUGCCAUUUCUCAGGAUAUCAGACAUUUGGCUCUACCAGAAAACAUGAAGCCUGGGAAAAUAAUGAGCUUGCUCGACUCACCCGAUGGACUUCAACACCGUCAGGACAAACAGUUACACUUCAGUCUUGCUGCCGGUGACAAGGAUGGUCACUUUGAAGUGGACCCCAUGACAGGAGAUGUGUUCCUUUCUAAGGAGCUCAAUUAUGAAAUGGCUCCUCAUUAUCUUUUCAGGGUGGUGACCAAAGACCACAGCAAAAGCCCUCCCCUGAGCAGCACCAUUUUCCUGAGUGUCGAGGUGGAAGACCAGAAUGACCACACCCCAUCUUUCCAGGAUGAAUUCCUGGUGUUAAGUGUAGAAGAAAAUGUCCCCCUGGGAACUGUGGUGCAUAUCUUCAAUGCCAAAGAUGGUGACGGUAGUGUUUUGAACAGCAGAAUCCAAUACUUCAUUGAAUCCCACCACCCUGGAGUGAAUCCAUUUCUCAUCCACCCCUCGUCUGGCGCCCUAGCCACUGCAUCGCCCCUUGACAGAGAGCUAGUUCCCACUGUUUUUCUGACUGUGACUGCAUCCGAUCAGGCGGUGAAUGUGACAGACAGGCGACUGAAAUCACUGAUGGCCAAGAUCGUGAUCUUGGACGUGAAUGACCACAGCCCCACCUUCACAUCUUUCCCCAUCAUCCAUGUCAAAGAGGAUGCUGUCGUGGGCUCCUUGGUGUACCGGCUAACUGCGGAGGACCCAGAUGAAGGAAGGAAUGGAAAGGUCACAUACAGCAUUCUCUCUGGAAAUGAAGACCGGACCUUUCUGCUAGAUGAGUCCUCAGGUUUGCUGAUGACAGCUUGUCCCUUGGAUUAUGAACUGAAGACGCAGCACGUCCUGGUCCUUCUGGCAGUGGAUGACGGUGUACCUGCACUUUCUUCCUCCCAGACCAUGACAGUUAAUGUUCUCGAUGUCAAUGAUGAAGCGCCAGUAUGUAAGCAGCACCAGUAUGAAGCUUCGGUGAAAGAAAAUCAAAGCCCGGGGGAGUUUGUUGCAAGGGUUGAAGCUAUAGACAGAGAUUCAGGAAUCAAUGCCAAGCUUCGGUUUGAAAUCCUUCCAGGUGCUUCAUUUGAAUUGUUCCAGAUCAACCCCGACACUGGUGUGGUGGAGACGGCCACCACACUUGACAGAGAAGUUCAAGAGUUCUUCACGCUUCGAGUCCUUGUGAGAGACGGGGGCAACCCAUCACUGUCCUGCACCGCGACCAUUCUCUGUUCCAUAGAAGAUGAAAACGAUCACACCCCGGAAGUUAUUGUUCCCAGUCAUGACAUUGUGGUUCUGGAAAACCAAGAGCCAGAGGUUGUCUUCACUGUGUUGGCCUCUGACAUGGAUGCUGGCAAAAAUGGAGUCCUCAAGUAUCAGAUAAUUGGUGGAAACGCCGACGGGCACUUUGCUGUGGAUGAAGCAUCAGGUGAGCUCUCCACCACUCGUGCUCUGGACCGGGAGCAGGUGAGCCGUUUCUCACUGCUUCUCCUGUGUUCUGACCGGGGAGACCCACCCCGAAGCUCUGCUCUGCAGUUACAAGUCCAGGUGCUGGACGACAAUGACCACAGCCCUUGGUUCCCCAUGCUCCACUACCUGCCCUCCGUGAGGGAAGAUGCUCCCGUGGGGACAGUGGUCCUCGUGCUAUCCGCCCUGGACCCAGAUGAAGGCCUGAGUGGACAAGUGGAGUAUUUCCUCCUGGAUGAGGCAUCUUCUGUGUUCACCGUCGAUGCUGUGACAGGCACGUUGCGGACCAGCCGUUCCCUUGACCGAGAAGCCAGAGCCCAGCACACGUUCAGGGUGGAGGCCAGAGACCUGAGCCCCUAUGGCUCCAGAAGCACCACAGUCACCAUCCAUGUGCAAGUCACAGAUGUCAAUGACAAUGACCCAUGCUGGGAACAGAACCCUUUGGACAUCUUCGUUUCCCCCCAGUUGCCCACCAACCACACAGUUGCCGUUCUGAGAGCCAGCGACGCAGACUCAGGGCCCAACGGAACCGUUGUUUUUAGCUUUGCAGAGGACCAGUCGCUGUUUUCUCUUGAUCCAUAUACAGGAGAAAUCCGACUCCAGCAAAACUUGCCUUUGGAACAUUUUCCUGUCUGGCUGAAAUUAAACUCUGUAGACCAAGGGACCCCAUCGAGGACAGCCAGAGGUCUCCUUGUUAUUCACCUGGAAGGAGAGGAGGUCGGGAUCUCCUUCAGCCACUCUCUGUACCAGGGAACAGUGGCUGAAAACUGUGAGGAAGGUACUUCAGUUGUGACUGUAAAUGCUUCUGCCCCUGACUCAGUUUUGGACAACAUCCAAUAUUUCAUUUUCAGUGGAAAUGAAGAUGGAGUUUUUUCCCUGUGCUCCUCCUCAGGAGAACUCACCGUGAAAGAACCCAAAUUUCUUGAUUUUGAAGUCAGAAAGGAAGUACAACUCAUCAUUUUAGCUGAAAGUCGGGGACAUAGAGCCUACAGCAAAGUAGUGGUCUCCAUACAAGAUGUGAAUGACAAUUUUCCACGCUUUACACAAGACGUCUACCAAGUGUCAGUGUCAGAAGGCCAGCUCUCCAAUGCUCACAUCAUACAGGUGCUAGCCACAGACCUGGACAGCAGUUUGAAUGGCCAUGUUGAAUACUCCAUCCUGUCUGGCAACCAAGGAGCCUCCUUCCAGAUGGACACACUGAGUGGUGUGGUAACCACAAGCACGGCUCUGGAUUAUGAGCUCACCAGCUCCUACAGGUUGAUUGUGCAAGCCACAGAUAAAGGAAUGCCAAGACUUUCUGGUACAAGUGUGAUCAAGAUACACGUGACUGACAUAAAUGACUGCACCCCAGUUUUCCUCACCUCUGAAGCUGUGGAAAUUGCAGAAAAUUCUCUGCCUGGUGCAGUUGUGGCUCGGGUAUCAGUUCAGGAUGCGGAUUUGAACCCAACUUUCACCUUCAGUUUCGCUAAAGACACUAAUCCCAGAGCCACGUUUGCUCUUGAUCAGAACACUGGAGAAGUGGUGCUCAUGCAGACACUGGAUUUUGAAGCAACUACUGAGUAUGAGCUGCUCGUCUUCGCUUCUGAUCUGGUGCACAUCACAGAGGGCACUCUUGUCAUCCGGGUACUGGACGUCAAUGAUAACCCACCAGCAUUUUCACAAGAUUCUUACCAGGCCACAGUCCCGGAAGGCGUGCCCGUGGGAUUCUCAGUGCUGAGCGUGCUGGCCAUAGACUUAGAAAGCAAUGAGAAUGUUUCCUACCGGAUCCUGCCCUCCACUCAGGAAUUCAUGAUUGAUCCUGUAAACGGCACUAUAUUUACUAGUAGUCCUGUGCUACCUGGGAACAAAAAGUCAACAUUCCGGUUUCUUGUUGAAGCCAGUGAUGGUGGAGUGCCUGACCUGAGGGCUCUUGCCUUAGUGGAGAUAGAAAUUCAAGAUCUGAACAACCAUGCCCCCGAGUUUGCCGCUGACACCUACAGUCUCAGCGUGAGUGAAGAUACUCCACCGGGAAGGACGCUCAUCACAUUUUCAACCCUUGACCGGGACUGGACUCAUGAAAACACCCGUGUGGAAUAUUCCAUCAUCAGUGGAAACUCACAGAACCUCUUUCUUGUGGAGCCAGGUUCUCCUCGUCCGGACCAUCCUGGUGAGCAGGUUGGCCAUCUGGUCCUGCUUCAGAGUCUAGACAGAGAAGGCACAGCCACUCACCAACUUGUCAUCCUGGCAGCUGACCAUGGCUGCCCUCCCCUGAGCUCCACUGCUCUCGUCUCCCUGGAAGUGCUUGAUGCCAAUGACAAUGCGCCACAGUUCACCAGCCUCAAGUACCGAACCCAUGUCAGGGAAAGUGCCCCUCUCGGCAGUCCCCUCACUGUGAUCUCUGCGGAGGACCCAGACGUGGGUCCCCCUGCAGACAUCCUCUACCGCAUCGUCGCUGGCAACGAGAGAGGCCAUUUCCAUUUAGAAGGGGGCACUGGAGUUCUUUACUUGGUUAAACCUCUGGAUUACGAAGAAACCACACACUUCAUGCUAACAGUCCAAGCCUCGGAUGAGGACAGGAAGCACCUGUCUUUUGCACUGGUGUCCAUCAGUGUCCUCGAUGACAAUGACCACGCCCCCCACUUCAUGUUCUUGAGGCUGAACUGCACUGUUCCUGAGAAUGUGCCAAUCUCCUCCACACUGUGCUCUGUAAAUGCUUUGGAUUUUGAUGCAGGCCCUUACGGAGAGCUGACCUAUUCCAUCUCGUCACCCUGUCCUGUCAUUCCCGGGAUGCCAUCUGGACAUAAUCCCUUUCGCAUUGACCCGGUGACUGGGGAUAUUCAUUCUGAGCAAGUACUGGACUAUGAAAAGGACAGACAGUACUGCCUGACCAUCCAGGCAAAAGACAAAGGUGACUCCACAGCCUCCUUAGAGCUUUGGGUGGAUGUUGAAAGUGUAGAUGAGUUUGAGCCCGUUUUCACUCAAGAGCAGUAUUUCUUCAACCUUCCUGAAAAGACUAAGUUAAGACAGCUGAUUGGCAGAGUGGAAGCACUGGAUGCAGAUGCCGGGGUCGAUGGAGUUGUGCUCUACACCCUGGCAAUGCCGUCUCCUUUCUUCUCCAUAAACAGAACCAAUGGAGAUAUCUACUCAACUGCAGCCCUUCCCCUUGCAAGAGAUCAGAUUGGCAAAGGAGACCUCGUCGAGAUGAAAGUAAUCGCUCAGAGCCCCAAACCAGACUCUAGGUUGACGUCAUGCACAGUUUUGGUGAAUGUGUCUUUCUUCUCGGAAGGAAGAUACUCAGCACUGUCAGCCAGCAGCUUUUCCAUCAGCCUGGCUGUCUCCUUUCUGGUGUUUCUGUUGCUGGUCUUCACUCUGGUUGUACUGAUUCUGAGACAUAAGCAACGAGAUACAGCAAGCAGCUAUGAGGAAAAGAAACCCUCAUCCUUAAACAGCAGUGUGAGAACGGCCAGGGAUGCCAGCAUGCUCAAAGCCUUCCAGAAGGACUGCAGCUCAGAAGCUGUGCCCAUGAACUCUACACCCGAGUGGCUGAGUUUGUUAAGUCUGAUGGAGAAGGACAUAGUAAAUCUCUGUAGGCACUCAAGCUCCAGUGGCCGCUGCUCUGUGGAAGGAGAGACAGCAGAAGACAAGGAGAUACAGAGGAUAAAUGAGCACCCCUACAGAAAGGACUCCGGCUCAGCCCUGAGUGAACGGGACUCCAGGGUGCCAGAUUCUGGAAUCCCAAGGGACUCAGACCAGCUCUCCUGUUUGUCUGGAGAAACCGACGUGGUGGUUCCUGCCGAAAUAGCAGAGGGCAGCCAUGCCUUAGAGGAGGAAAAUGGCGUCGAUAGCUGUGGCCCAGCUGUUCUUACCAGUGUGCUAUCAUCCCAGGCGCUAAAGAAGAGAGAGUUGAAAGAGGGCCUCCUGACUGACAUCAGGAAGGAACCUGUGUUUAUUUCAGGUGAACAGGAGGCAAGGCAGACACCUCUUUCAACUCAGAGAACCUCCCACAAGGACCUACGAAGCAGUUCUCACUGGGAUUAUCUGCUCACUUGGGAGCCCAAGUUCCAACCUCUUGCCUCAGUGUUCAACGAUAUUGCGAGGCUGAAGGAUGAACAUUCACAGAGGCCUGGCCUUCCAAAAGAGAAGUCUCUUGUUUUACCACCACCUCUGAUAACUGCAGUGGCCCAGCCUGGGAUUAAAGCUGUGCCCCCAAGAAUGCCAGCCAGAACCCCAGGGCACCUCGAAACAUCCCCCAUUCUCUACCAUCUCAGCGCUCUGCCAGAAGCCAUGACUCCCAACUUCUCUCCAUCUCUUUCCCUAUUGACUGCACAGACUCCUGCCCUGACUCCAGUGUUGUCAGAUGGAAAAUUCUUAAGAUCUCAUCCAAGUGGCUCAUACCUCCAACUGAAGGUUGAAGAUGAAGUUCAGAUCUAAAGUAACCACAGUGCCACAGACCUGCUCCCCAGUGACCAUGAGGGAAUGGAUGAGUGAAUGAGACAGACAGUCUCCAACUCCUGAAGACUGUGUUCAUUGUAUCUACAAGCGAGUGAUAUAAGAUAGUCAAGAUUUCUUCUGGCCUCGUCAUGUUUAAGUCUCAAAUGAAGUUUUCAAAUUUCUUCCAGCCUUAAUGAGAAGUGACCCUCCUCUGUUAAUCUUUCUGUUUCACUCUCAGGUUUUAGGUCUGUAUAUAUUAAAUAGUAUAUGUCUGUCAUACCUAAUUUUCUCUAUGAAAAGAUUUCCAAAGGACGCAAUGAACUUGAGUGACUGCCAAAAUGCUUGUAUGGAAGUAAAGGAUCUGUGGUCUGGUCACAUGACCACAGAUUACAUGGCUAUAGCUGAAACCAAUUAGUAAAGACUGAGUAAGGAAUUUAACAGGACAGAAAUUUGGAGGGAUACAUUUGAAGCGUUUUGAAGAAAACUGAUAUUCUAUAGAGCUAAGAUCUUUAGAGACGUUUUCUCUACUUUGCACCAUGUGCCGUACUGUAGAGUCUGGCCGCACUUCAGAUCUACUAGUGUAUUUUGGGAAACUAGUGGGAAACAAAAUGUGUCACAACUCUCUGCCAAGUAAGAAAACCAGUCCUGCUUAAAUAAACCAGGACCACACAUUCUAGGGAGAGGAAUAAGAAUGACAAAGCAAUGAGUAUGUACUUGUCUGCCACCUGACACCUGUCUCCUUAGCCCUUUUGACAAACAGAAUGGAAAUCUUUUUCACUGUGUCUUACAACACGGCAUGGAUUCAGACGUUAAGUUUUCUAGAUUAACUUAAAGCAGUUCUGUAUUUUUCUGUAGUAUAGUAGCCUCUGAUGACAAAUAAUCUGUCCACUGUCAGUCUUGGAAGCUUCCGCAGAUAAAAUGACGCUGUUAGCUACUAAUAACUCCCAUAGGGUAGUUUAGCAAUAUAUUUAAGUGUCGAUAUUUAGUAGAUAUUUUCUCCCACAAAAGUGAAGAACAGGUGUCAGAAACUCUUUCACUGUCUUUAGAUGGAGUGACCAGACACUGUUGUUAAGGUGAUUGCUACAG